AUAUUUUUAGCUAUUUAUCAUCAUAGAGAAAAAAAAAUAAGGUCACCUGGCCUCAUGCUUCAACACCUCAACCUAGAUUCUCAUCACCUGUAUUUAUCAUCGAUUCAGAUUUUUAUUUUUACUAUAUUCAAGAACUACCUAUAAAUAUAUCUUCAAACUUCUUCUUGUUAAGUUCAUUCAUAGAUAGGUGAGUAAACUUGAGCUUCAGCUUCAACAAACACCAUAGUUUGAAGACACAAUUCUCUCAUACUAAAAAUAUGGAAGUUUACCAUGUAAUUAGAGAUUUGGUCUCAUUGCUUGUUGUUGGGUUAUUAAUGAUAUGGGGAUGGAGAGCUUUAAACUGGGUAUGGUUGGCCCCAAAGAGGCUCGAAAGGUGCUUGAGACAACAGGGUUUUGCAGGGAAUACUUACAGGUUCCUUUUCGGUGACAUAAAACAGCUCUCAACUAUGAAUAGACAAACAAGAGCCAAACCUAUGCCUCUUAGUGAUGAUAUUGGGCCUUAUGUUGCUCCUUUUCUUCAUCAAAUUGUCAACCAGUUUUUGUCAACAAAGACAAACAGGGAGAUGAAGAUGAAACACAGAGACAUAAAAGAGUCGCUUAGGGAAAUGAUAAAGAGAAGAGAGAAGGCAAUUAAAGCAGGGGAAGAGAGCAAUGAGGACUUGUUGGACAUACUUGUGGAAUCCAAUAUCAGAGAAAUGGAAGCAAAGAAUAUGGGGAUGAGCAUUGAGGAUGUGAUUGAGGAAUGCAAGCUGUUUUACUUUGCUGGCCAAGAGACCACUUCGGUCUUACCGGUGUGGACUAUGGUUUUAUUAGCAAGGUAUCCCGAUUGGCAAAGUAAAGCAAGAGAGGAGGUUUUGCAUGUUUUGGGUGACAGUAAACCUAAUGCUGAUGGCCUUAAUCGUCUCAAAGUAACAAUGAUAUUGUACGAGGUUCUAAGGCUGUACCCAUCAGCGACUGAGCUAGGACGUUCCGUUCCAAAAGAAAUAAAACUGGGAAAUUUGUUGUUGCCAGCAGGAACAGAAGUUUCGGUUCCGAUCCUGCUGAUCCACCAUGACAAAGAUCUUUGGGGCGACGACGCACGGGAAUUUAAGCCAGAGCGGUUCGCGGAAGGGGUUUCCAAAGCAACAAAGAGUCAAGUCACGUUUCUGCCAUUCGGAUGGGGUCCUAGGAUCUGCAUUGGCCAAAAUUUUGCUAUGAUGGAAGCCAAAAUGGCAGUGGCUAUGAUUCUCCAACACUUCUGGUUCGAGCUUUCCCCUUCCUAUGCUCACACUCCUUGCAGCAUGGUAACGCUUCGUCCACAGCAUGGUGCACAGAUAAUUUUACAUAAACUUGGCUCUAAUUGAAUUGUUAUGUAAACAAAUUUUUGUGAAAAUAUAGCGUUUUAGUGUAUCGUCAAAGUCCGGUGUCUGUAAUGGUACAAUUCCGAUGCAUGAAUAGUAAAUUUUGAGAUGUUUGGUGAAA